CGUUUUCAUCUGGGAACCCUAGUUUCUUGACUAUUUUAGGGUUUUAUUUAUCCAUUUGAGAUCCUCUUUAAUUGAAAGGUUGAAUUUUUGGAAGAGACAUGGGACGUUCGUCGGAGACCAAGAUCUUACAAGAACUUAUACUUUACGCGGCGAGCGCUGCUUUCAGCUGCUUGGUUCUGUUUGCGGGUCUUCGUCAUCUCGAUCCUAAUCGUGAGGCUUCUAAAAAAGCUCUCGAGCAUAAGAAGGAAAUCUCUAAACGUUUGGGUCGUCCUCUUGUUCAGACCAAUCCAUACGAGGAUGUAAUAGCAUGUGAUGUGAUAAAUCCAGACCACAUUAAUGUGGAGUUUGAUUCUAUUGGAGGACUGGAGACCAUCAAGCAGGCUUUGUAUGAGCUUGUGAUUUUACCAUUAAAGAGACCUGAGCUUUUUGCUUAUGGGAAGCUUCUUGGACCUCAAAAGGGUGUCUUGCUCUAUGGACCUCCUGGUACUGGAAAGACUAUGCUUGCUAAGGCUAUUGCCAAAGAAUCAGGAGCGGUUUUCAUUAAUGUUAGGGUUUCAAACCUGAUGAGCAAGUGGUUUGGAGAUGCUCAGAAGCUUGUUUCUGCUGUAUUUAGCUUGGCCUACAAACUCCAACCAGCGAUCAUUUUUAUUGAUGAGGUUGAGAGCUUUCUUGGUCAGCGCCGUUCAACAGAUCAUGAAGCAAUGGCGAACAUGAAGACUGAGUUUAUGGCUUUAUGGGAUGGAUUCUCUACUGAUCCGCAUGCAAGGGUUAUGGUUCUUGCUGCAACUAACAGACCAUCAGAGCUUGAUGAAGCAAUACUAAGGCGUCUUCCUCAGGCCUUUGAGAUUGGAAUACCUGAUCGGCGGGAGAGAGCUGAGAUAUUGAAAGUGACUCUGAAAGGAGAGAGGGUGGAACCUGAUAUUGACUUUGAUCACAUAUCUCGCUUAUGCGAAGGCUAUACCGGAUCAGACAUUUUUGAGCUCUGCAAGAAAGCGGCUUACUUCCCUAUCAGAGAAAUCCUAGAGGCAGAGAGAAAGGGGACACCAUGUUUGGCCCCUAGGCCAUUAUCACAGUUGGAUUUUGAGAAGGUUCUUGCUACUUCAAAGAAGACACAAGUUGCAGCAGGCGAAUACUCAUUGAGCUCGCAGUCCUCGGCUUGGAGAGGCUCAAGCGAACCAGAUGAGGUCCAAGCUGCGAUAAGUGGAAUCUCGAAGCUUCUAGUUUCGCAGAUCAUUAACCUUCAGUCAGAUUCUCAGGAUUCAUGGCAGCGUGAUCCCGAAGAAGAAUCCCGAUGAAAUUCCGGAUCACUUUUAUAAACGUUCUGGUGUUUUCAUUGGAAGUUUAGAAUUUGUCACAUUUCAGUUUGCUCUGUAAAACUCUCUUUUUUUUUUUUUUGGUAGGAUCAUUUGAUUACUUUUGAUUGUACUAAAAGGUAUCUUAUUUU